AUGGACGCCACGCAAACGGCGGCUGCAGCAGCGACGGAAGGCCGCGCCGAUCCUGUCUCAUGGCCAGAUUCAGGCUCUCCCACAUGGUCUUCCAUCCGCUCGAAUAUCACCCGUCCUGAAACUUUUCACGACCAGCCGUCACUGACCCUGGGGCAGCAUUUACCGGCCUUAUCACUGCCGCUGAAACGCCGCAUCUACGAAACCGACGGGUUCGCAGGAACCAUGGCGCCCCCAAGGCGGAGAAGAAUGGAGGAUCAUCCCAGCGGGUCUGCUACAGAUUAUGCACCGACAGUUGCCGGAGCAGUCCCCCAGUCAGCGGCAUGGCGUCCAGCACAGAUGCCGCCAUCCGCCAUGCACGAAAUCCAGACCCCAAGCCUUACCAGCCCGUCGGCCGCACCAUGGUAUGCGAUGGCGCCCUCUGGCUCCUCAAGAAGGAACAUGUCCCCUCCGCGCGUGCCCAGCAGGAUAUAUUCAGGCCAACUCACACCACAGCACCCAACGGCUGCGGCCAGUCCGGCAGAAUUCACAUUGUGGCCGCAUCCCCCACCCCCGUCCAGUCAUGCGCUCGAAGCAGUGCCAGCCGGAUCCGCCGAUGGUCCUGUGUGGGUGAUACCGCCAGACCAGGUCUUCGAGUCAUCCGGGUGCACUUAUAAUGCAACCGCCCCGGUUGGCGUGGCAGGUCUGUCCAGGCAUCGGAUCGUGCAAGGCGAAUACGAUCGCUCCGGAGAAAUGGUCCAUGAGCCGCCUGGCCCUUUGGCCCUGGCAGUAUCCCAUCAGGCGCCGAUUGCCAACGCGGUUUGGGACCCUCCGUCGUCGAUCGAACCCAACCCUUGGUCCGCUGCUGUGACGCAGGAUCGCAUCCCGGAGCCCUCGGUACCGGGACAUCCCCUACUGGGGCCGACCACUGUCGGCCUUCCUCCAGAGCAAGUAGUCCCAAAGCCCCUGUUAUAUCGAAGCUACACACGAAACUAA